UUUAGUGCAGGUUCUAUUUUAGAACACAAGAAUUAUACAUUGGUUACAUCAGGUUUUGAUAUAUCUGUUUUGAGUUGGCCCUCUAUAUAAAGGUUGGAUAUAAUUAUCUACAAGUCAUCUAACAGAUAAUGUAAACAUGACAAACUACGAAGAAGAACAAAGAGAUGAACUUGAAGCUUUAGAAUCCAUUUAUCCAGAUUCGUUUACUAUAGUGUCGACAGAUCCGACUGCAUUUUCACUUAAGAUAUCGACGGAAGAAUCCAUUUUGGAUGCCGACAAAGCAAUUAUAAGCGUAACUCUUAAAUUUACAUAUGCUAAGAAAUACCCGGAUGAGGCCCCUUUGUUUGAAGUGUUAGAGGAAGAAAACUUUCCUUUUGAGAACACUGGUGAAAAACUGGAGGUUUUAAUAGAAGAGCAAAUUGAGGAAAAUCUUGGGUGCGUGAUGGUUUUUACCAUCAUGUCCGCAGUGCAAGAGUUCCUCAACCAGGAGGAUGACAGGUUUAAACAGGAGAUUCAAGAAGAGGAGGAGAGAAAGGAAAGAGAAAUGAUCGAAGAGCAAGAGCGGAAGUGUGCCGGAACAAAAGUCACAGUUGCAUCAUUUCUCGCUUGGAAAGCGGACUUUGAUUUGAAAAUGCAAGAAAUUGAAAGCCAAAAGAAAAAGCAGGAGAAACAAACAAAGAAAUUGUCCGGGAAAGAGAUUUUCCUUCAAAGUGGGGACAUUGAGGAUGAAUCAGCACUUUUGGCCGGGGAGGAAGCGGUAGAAGUUGACGAGUCAUUGUUUGAAGAGUUAGAUGAUAUUGACCUUGAUGAUGAAUUUGAUAUUGAUUCAGAUUCUUGACCAUUUUUAAUGGGAGAUGGGACCAAACUAAAUAUGGUGCUGAUGAUUAUUCUUCAGACCUACAAAAUUCAAGUGGUUUAUACCUGGGACUUAAAAUGUUUUUGACUGAUUUUAAAAAAGUUCCUUUUUUCAAUCACAUCACAAUUAGUACAAUGAAUUACAGUUUUUUUUCAAAUGUUAUAAAUUUGAACAGCACUGGGAAAUAAUUGCAAAAGAGCUGAAAUGCUAUUGCUAUGUGUAUAUGACAAUAUACAUGGCAUUUUCUACACUCGCCAAACUAAUAUGUGGUUUAG